GAAGUUUUGUGCGGCUGGGUUCCCCAUCUAACCGGCGGUGCAGUUGUUCUUGGUGGUUAUGGUGCUCGGCAACGGCUAUGCUGCUGGUCGGCCACGCUUUUCGAUGCCUGGACAAUCUCGGCCAAGGUUCUCGGCGGCGCUGCAGGUGGUUCUCGGCGCUGCAAGGGUGCUCGGAGCUGCAAGAGGUCUCGACGCUGCAAGUGUUUUCGACCACGACGGCGGUGGCAGCAGAGGUCUCGAUGGAAUUUUAGAACCCACUAAAAUCCAAGUUACUCUAUUUCUUUCCCCUCAUGCAUUAUGUUUUGUUAGAAAAUCUGAAUGUCUUUCCCUCUCUCACACUACUUCUAUCAAUCUCCAUGGCAGCAUGGAGGGCUCAGAACGGCGACAACUCAGGACAAAUGGUGGGUCUCGGAGUGGUUGCAGCUUUGGACGAACGGCGGGGGUCAGCCCUCCGAAAGCUUCACACGGGCUCACUACUCAUAGAGUUAUUGCAUGGGAAGAAAAAUAAAGCACUAGGUCCCUGAAGAUUGGGUCUGUGAAUCUGGGAAGAGAGAUGAAGCUGAGACAAUAGGGAGGACGACGAGGCAACUGAUUUAGG